UCUGUUGUCCACAGAUAUCUAAUAUACUGCUAUAAUCAUUUAGGUGUGUAUGUAGUGUGUACAUAUUAUAUUUAUUGUGGAAUUUUAAUUUGUACCAGUUUAUCAACGUUUUAUAUUCUAAGUGGAUUAAUGAAUUAUUGUUUGUCCCUUUUAUUGAACAAAUUUUUACAUAUAAGUGUUUUUGAUAGUAUUAUGAACUAUGGAAUGUCCACAUUUAUUAGAUAACAUAGAUUCAAACAAUAUACAAAACAUUGUAGACAUCGUGACUACAAAGGGAUUUGAAUGUUCAGAUUGUGGCGUAUCUGAGCAGAAUUGGCUAUGUCUAAAGUGUGGUGUUGUGAGCUGUGGCAGAUAUGUAAAUGGCCAUGCAAAAUAUCACUCGGAAAGUUUUGACCAUCAAAUAUGUAUGAGCUGUGAUGUAUACUCAGUUUACUGCUAUAAAUGUGAUGAAUAUGUUGCAAAUGAUAGUGAAGAGCAAAUUAUUAAUAAAAUAAGACAAUGUAUUAUACCUAUAAAAAAUAAAGGAAAUCAAAUAAAUGAAAAUAGUGAACACAAUACUAGAGCUGAAUCUGCCCAAACUGAAACUUUGGUUUUAAAAACUAGUGGAGAUACAAGUGAAGACUCACACCUAGAUAUCUCAAAUGUACUAAAUGCUUCUAUAGAUUCAGUGGAAUCCUCUGAAAAUCAGGAUGACAGGUCAUCAAAGAAUCCCGAAGAAACAAUUAGAAGUCUGCGUCCAAGGUCAAGAAAACGAUCACACUCAGAUGAUAACGCAACAGAUGCCAUACAGUCAAAUAGUAAGGAGAAAAGGUUAUCUUCCACAAAUGGAAAAAAUAAUAGAGAAAAGAGAAUAGUUGGCUUAAAGAAUUUGGGGAAUACUUGCUUUAUGAAUGCUGUCCUGCAGAGUUUAAAUAAUAUACAAGAGUUUAGUUGUUACUUUAGCCAGUUACCAUCUCUGGAAGUUAAGUCUAAUGGUAGGAAGAUUUACCAUUCGCGAAGUUAUACCCGUCAAGAAAUGCAUGAUGUUGUCAUGGCCGAAGAACUUAGAAAGGUGUUGAUUAACUUAAACAAUGGCGGGUGCAGUUCAAAAGGAGCGAUUUCACCUGAGUGCCUAUUCUUAGUGAUAUGGAAAGUGGUGCCAAGGUUUCGGGGAUAUCAACAGCAAGAUGCUCACGAGUUCCUUAGAUAUAUGCUUGAUCGGCUUCAUACGGAAUUGCUACAACUACUUCCACCCGACAAGGCGGAAGGGGGCUUUGUACCUCGUGUUCCUUCGACGUCCAUAGUUACAGCUGUCUUUGGAGGGACUCUGCAGAGUCAGGUGUGCUGCCUCGCCUGUGGGACGGAGAGUAAAAAGUUCGACCCGUUCCUGGAUCUAUCUUUAGACCUACCCGAGUGUGGAAGACACGACGCCCCCGUAACCUUAACCGACUGCUUAGCGAGCUUUGUGCAGGUUGAAGAGUUAGCAGAUACAGAACGCUACUUCUGCAGCAGCUGUAAAUCCAAACAGAAGUCCACCAAACAGUUCUGGAUUCGGCGCCUUCCCAACGUACUUUGUUUGCAUCUCAAAAGAUUUCGGUGGCAUAAUUAUUUCAGGACGAAAGUGGACACGGCGAUAUCUUUUCCCCUAAAUUCCCUGGACAUGUCCAGUUUCGUGUUGGCGAAUGUCCCGGACACGCGUCGUUCGGGGCGCGGGAACUAUCUUUAUGACCUCGCCGCUGUCAUCGUACAUCAUGGCUCGGGCGCCGGCUCGGGCCAUUACACGGCGUUUGCUAUCAACGAGGAGCAAUGGUUCCACUUCAACGACCAAACCGUGAGGCCGACAGAUGCCGACGUGGUAGCCUCUUGCAAGCCCUACAUUAUGUUCUACAUUCGCCGUGAAUUUUCCCUCCCUUCGGCCACUUGACCAAAACAAUUGACUUUUGAAUUAUUCUGACACUUUUUGUUUCUGUCAGAUUUGUGCCUAUUUAUGCCCGAAUUUCUGGGUUAGAAUAUUUGUGUCUGAUGAUGUUUUUGAUGGAUUAAUUGUUCGCGUCGUUCCGUUGUAUUGGAUAAGGAAGAGAUUGGUGAAAAGGUUUUUGAAUCAAGAAACAUAAAAAUGAUGAUUAUAUUUUUACGGUAUUUUUAGGAUUUAAUUAUCUUGACCUGUUGCUUACAGGUAAAAAUGAUAGAUUUAAAAUUGCAUUUUAUUUAAAUGUAUUAAAUAAAGAUUAAUGAGGUGUAUGUUAUAAGGUAACAAUACCGAAUCAAGUUACGUAAUCGAUUUUCAGCCCUUUUUUUCUAGAAAAUUUCUCUACUGUGUCUAAAUAUGAAAUCGUAUUUCCUUUAAAAUAUUUUUAAUUAUAUCUAUCACCCGAAGCUAGUAAAUAAAUACUUAUUAAUAUUAAAGUGAUUUAUGGCGUUAAAUUUUGGUUCUUUUUAUUGAAAUAAAGUACAAACUGUCUUCUGUAAACAGUUAAAUUUACUCAUUUAAAAAGUUUAUGUCUAUUGCCUCACCCACCGAUACAAAUGUUUAAUGCUUAAAGGAAAAAGAAAAUACGCGUUUCGAUCCGGUAACACUGUAAGCUAUAAUAGCUUUGUUUUAAUAGAAAAUUAAAGUAGAUGUAAGUUUAGGUAUAAGUUUAGGAAGAUCUCGUAUACAAGUCUUUAAGAAUUCCAGAAUUCAAUAUCAUUUUAACAAUAGUUAAAAUCAUUAGAAUGAAGAAACUUAAGAAAAGGCACGUGUAAGGUUAAAAAGUGAUUGGCGAUUUAUUUUUGUGAUUUAAUUGUAAAAUUUAGUCUUUAUUUAUUCCAUGUAUUAACAACAAACUUUAUUAAAAUGGAGAAAAAAAUAAGAAAGGGCCUGAAUAAGUUUAAGCGGGCGAUUUAAUUUUAUGAUUUAAUUGUAGAAUUUAGUAUUUCAUUACUUCACCUAUUUAUACCGGCAACAUCGCAAAUUUACGUAAUUUUGAUACAAACAUGCAUUUAUUUAUAUCCCUUUGGGACGUUUUAACAUUCCCAUUUUUCUCACCGCGUUGCUUAGUGGGUCAUGGGUGUCAGCGAAAUUGUUUCGACUUGGAUCAUUUAAAAACUAUGAAUUUACGGAACUUCAAAUGCGAGCUAAUGAAUGCUGUACAAUAUAUGUAUAAGUGAAUCUGUUGAUAUCGCCCUUUUGUCAAUAACUAGAAAUGGAAUAAAUUCGAAAUUAUG